CCGCCGCCCGCCUUUUCCUUUUUAGAGCUAACCGGAAGGAAACAAAGCAGCCUCUAACGUGCCGUUAACUGUGCGGUUUGGAGCGUUUUCCUGGGGCUUCGGGAGACGCGAGCAGCGCCUGUGUAUCGGCGGAGCUCCGCGGCGAGGCUGGGAUUUAAGAAAAGCGGCGCAGUUCGCCGUGAUGAAGUGAGGCGGACCGUGAGGAUGGAGUGCAGCGCUGCUAGCAGCAUGGUGGCGCACCGAUCUGCAGAGAAAGAAAGCUCUGGCUCCGACGACGAGGAGUUCGUUCCGCUGUCAAAGCUCCUCAUGAGGCCACAGGAAGACCAGAAGAAGUCGUUUGCUAACUCUGAAGGCUCCAACACUGGUUCUAAGAAGAGUGGAGGUGUUUCUGGCGACUCCUCUGACGAGAAGCCGCAGAUGAAGAAGAAGAAGAAACCUGCAGGAUCGAAUAAAAAGGCGUCGACUCCUCCCCCGUCUGACGGCUCGGUGGAACGCCACUCAGAUCCAAACACAGGCAAUGAUUCUGACGACAAGCCUCUGGUGAAAACCUCCAAACCUUCCUCCAGGUCACCGAGGAAGAAGAAAAGCCCCGGGAGGAAGAAGAAACCUGCUGGUAGGAAGAAGGAAGCUUCAGAUGACUCCUCAGAUGAAGAACCGCCAGUAGAGAAGAAAAAACCUCCCACUUCAGCAAAGAACCAAAAAGAAUCAUCUCCUCCCAAAUCGGACGCCUCAGAAAACGGAAACUCAGAUCCAAACACAGGUGAUGAUUCUGACAACGAGCCUUUGGUGAAAACCUCCAAACCUUCACCGAGGAAGAAGCAAACCCCAGAGAGGAAGAAGAAACCUGCUGGGAGGAAGAAGAAAGCUUCAGAUGACGACUCUGAUGACGAACCACUGAUGAAGAAGAAAAAACCUGCAGCAAAAGACAAAAAGGUGUCGACUCCGCCCCCAUCUGACGAAUCAGCAGACAGAACCUCAGAUUCGAACACGGGUGACGACUCGGACUACAAGCCUGCAGCGAAAACCUCUAAACCUUCCUCCAGGUCACCGAGGAAGAAGAAAACCCCAGGGAGGAAGAAGAAACCUGCUGGUAGGAAGAAGAAAGAUGAAUCCUCCGAUGACGAACCGCUGAUAAAGAAGAAAAAACCUGCAGCAAAAGACAAAAAGGCGUCGACUCCUCAAUCUGACGGCUCAGUGGAAAGACAAUCAGGUUCCAACACAGGUGAAGACUCUGACAACGAGCCUCUGGUGAAAACCGCCAAACCUUCCAGGUCACCGAGGAAGAAGCAAACCCCAGAGAAGAAGAAGAAACCUGCUGGUAGGAAGAAGAAAGAGCCGUCGGACAAGGAUGACAGCUCUGACGACGAGCCUUUAAACAAGAUAGCUGAAAAACUUCCCUCAAAGAGGAAGAGAAAAGCCGUCGUGAGGUAUAAAACCAGCGAGGUGCAUAAAUCCCAGAGGAAUGCGGCCAGGAAGAGCGUUAAUUAUGCAGAGACUUCCAGCGAGCACAGCUCUGACGACGACCAGCUGGUCGUGAUGAAGAAGACGACGAACGGUUCAUCUAGGAUGAAAUCUGGAAAACAAAAAUCACUCAAAGACGCUUCGUCUUCAGGCAGCGGCUCGGACGAAGACGAUGAUCCUCUGAAGAACCUGGUCUCCAAGAAGAAGCAAACGGCUAAGAAACCCACGAAGAAGAGCAAGAGGCCGCGAGGAAGACCACGGAAAAAGUCCCAAGAAAUCUGCGAUGAUGACGACAGCUCCGAUGACGAAGCUCUGGUGAAUCGCUCAGACAACCGAAGAAAAAGCACAACCAAGACAUCGGCCAGGAAAAGGAAGAACCAAGAUCUUCAAACAUGGAAAGACGUGCCGAGCAGCAUUUCAGACGAAAAGGAUGCAGUUCAAGAAGCUAAAUAUCCAGAAGUGACCAGAUUGGUGAGAAUCGCUCUGCAGAGGUCAGAUGGUGAAGCCAAGGAGUCACCUGGACCCACCAAAGAGGCCCCAGCAGGUCGGUUCUACACCGUUCAUCACCGGUUCUGCUGAUGGUUAAUAAACUAACUGACAGGUUUUGGGUUUCUUUCUGUGCAGAAGGUGAUCAGACUGAAGACAAACCAGAAAACACAGAGAAAUCCUCUGAGGAGGAGUGAGAUCGAGGCUCCCUGAAAACUACAACUAGCCUGGAAGUCCAUCCGUAGAUUUUAUACCUUUUGUUCCGCAUUUUAAAGUUUUGGACCAAAUAUUUUUUUUUUUAGGUUCCAGAAAUCUUUAAAUGUCGUCUACUAUUUUAUUUUUUUUCUAUUUGUGCCUGUUUGCCUGGAUUUUUUAGAUGGUUUUUAGUCGUGUUGUGGAUUCACCGCUAUGCAUGCACUUCUACACGUUCGAUUUCAAGCUUCUCGUUUUCUUUUUCAGGAUGAAAUUAGAUCAAAUCGCUUAUUUAAUGUGCCACUGAAUUUAUUAAGCCAACUCCUGAUAAAGAAAGAAAUGGAAAAGUUAGUGUUUUCCCAGGUAAUCGAUUAUAAAAAUUAUGUAAAUCUUAAGCAACAUUUUAGAAACUUUCACUGAAUUAAUGAAUUUCUGUUUGUCUGUAAAUGUCUGCGCUUUUUUGGGUAAAAAAAAAGAAAAGAAAUGGUUACAUUUUCCUCUUUCCUUUUUGUUUGAAGGAGAAAUAAAGGAAAUGUUGGGAUUUUUUUUUCUAUGGUUGCGUAAAAUCAGACAAGGCGAUGAUAUCCUGCAACGAGCUAAAGAAGAGAAACGAUUGCUGUUAAAUGUUUGCAGGUUUUAUGUCUGUUGAUAAUAAAAUUUGGUACAAUAUUUAA